GGACGCAGCAGGCAGAUCCUCCCAUUUCCCACGGCACGCGAACGCAACGGGGCUCCUUGCUUGGCGCUCGUGCAAGAGAAGAGAAGAAGGGAAGCGAUGAACGACAAGACAAAGUGCACGCCACACGUCAUGUGCACGCGCACGCGCCACGACGCCGCUGCUUCGUCUCGCUCGGACUGACGUCACCCCCACAAAGUCAAACGAGCGAAGACUCUUACCAACUUUUGGAGGAGAACAACAAGAAGGAGAAGGAGAUGACGGGCACCAGCAGCCGUGGCGCGCGCGCCUGCCAAGGAAGAGACGCCAAAAGCAAAGAGGAUUUCGACCUGGCGUCGGCGUACGUGUCGGACGCUCAGUACAACCGGAACGUUUUCUUCGACACGUCGCCGCAGGCCAUCAGGUUGUAUCUGCUGUACAACCGCCGACUUCCUCGGGUGCUGGUCUACUUCUUCAUCCUGCUGGACUUGAGCUUGGCCGCCUUCGAGGCGCCCGCCGUCUGGCCUCUGCCGCCGUGGGCGACCAUGCUGGCGGAGCUCGUGUGUCUGCACGUGUUCGCCCUGCGGUUGAUCCACUACGCCAAGGUGAUCCCCCGAGACAAGUUCUGGAAGGACCCCAAGAACAUCUGCAUGAUUGCCAUCCUGGCGCUGACACUGGUGGACAUGAUCAUCUACGGUGCGCUGCACGCCGCGGGCUUCUACGCCCUCCGCUGGUCACGAGUGCUGCGGCCGCUCCUAUUGGUCAACGUGACGGAGGGCCGGCAGCUGCGCAGGGCCAUCAGGAGCAUCCGCAACACCCUCCCUCAGAUUUUGUCGGUGUUCCUGCUCUUCAUCUUCAGCAUCCUCAUCUUCUCCCUGAUGGCGCUCAAACUCUUUAGCAAGCGCGGCCUGACGACGGCGGACGGCGCUCCGUACUUCUCCAAUUACGCCGACGCCGUGUUCGACCUCUACGUGCUGGUCACCACGGCCAACAGCCCCGACGUCAUGAUGCCGGCGUACGACGCCGGCUCGGCCUUCGCCGUCUUCUUCAUCGUCUACGUCCUGGUCAACACGUACAUCUUCAUGUCCGUCUUCCUCGCCGUCGUCUUCAACAACUACAAGAAGUACUUGAAGGAGGAGGUGCGGCAGUUGGUGCGGGCCAAGUGGCGCAAGAUGGCACGCGCCUUCGCCGUGCUGCGGGAAAGUCCCGAGGACGGCGGCGAAGGCCGAGGCGAGCCGCUGGUCAGCCGCGCCAGCUGGAACCGCCUCGUGCGAUCGGUCCAGCCCGACAUCAGCCGCGCCCACACGGAGCUGCUGUGGAGCGUUUCGGACGACGACAACCGCGGCGCCAUCGACGAGCGGUCGUUCGUGCAGCUGGCCGACCUUCUCAACAUCGAGGUGAUCACGCUCAAGUCCAGGCCGCACCCGCUCGACCGCCUGUGCCCCGCCCUCUACCGGUCGGCGCCCAGCCGCCUCGUCUGCCGAUCGGUCCGGCACAGGGCCUUCGCGGUGGCGUACGACGUCGUCAUCCUGAUCAACGCCGUUUUCAUCGGCCUGGACGAGGAGGAGCCGAUGAUCGCCAAUUCCGAGUGGGCCUUCCUGGCUCUCUACCUGCUGGAGAUCCUCCUCAAACUUUACGUCAUCGAACCCAGAACCUUCUUCUCGGCGCACAGCUUCUGGAACUGGUUCGACACGAUCAUCGUGGUCUGCGCGCUCGUUGCCACCGUCAUCAACGCCGCCCUCGAGUCAUCGGGCAGGUACACCAGCCGCCAGAUCCUGGACAUCGUUUUCAUCCUGCGGGUGCUGCGACUCAUCCGAGUGGUGGACAGCAUCGAGAGGUUCCGCACCAUCAUGAACACACUGAUCCGGAUCGGACCGGCCAUCCUCACCUUCGGACAACUCGUCCUGGUGGUCUACUACGUGUUCGCCGUGGUCGGCAUGGAGCUGUUCGCGGGCAAGGUGAAGUUCUACGAGGAUGCGGGAGACCCGGCGAGGGCCGACUGCGGGAACGCGCUGCUGCGAGGGAGCGCCUUCGCCCGGCUCGGCUACUGCAAGAACAACUUCAACAACGUCGUCGCCGCCUUCGUCCUCCUCGUGCAGCUCACCGUCGUCAACCAGUGGCACAUCCUGAGCAGCGGCUUCACGGCCGUCACGCACAAGUCGGCCAGGAUCUACUUCGUGCUCUUCCACGUCGUCGUCGUCAUCGUCAUCAUCAACAUCUUCGUGGCGUUCGUGUUGGAGGCCUUCUUCCUCGAGUACUCGCUGGACAAGAGCGACCUGCACACCGAGCUCGAGAAGAAGAUUGAGCAGCUCCAGCUCGGAGUGGCGCAGGACGCGAUGGAGGACAACCUGGUGGGCGCCACGGAGACGAGUGAUCUCGAGCAGCCCGCCGAGCAGUCGGAGAGCAGCAAGCACAAGCUCAUGUUCAAAAUCGCCUCCAAAAGGUAUCGAACCGUGGACGCGUUGCUGCAGCGCCUGUUCGAGGCCGACUUGGAGCGGGAAGACGACGACGCCGCCGACGUUCGCGACGGCAACGGAAACUUCGCCAACCCGUCCUUCGGCGCCGCGUAAAUGAUGUUUAUGAAUAAAGUUUGAUUUUCUCA